AUACUUUUGACUGAGUGUUAAUGCGUUUCAGAAUACCAAUAAACACAAAGCCAGGAACAAUCAGCACUGUAAUGUCGCAAGGCACAGCAAGCACCAUAAUUGGCUUCGGUACUCGCACAUCGAAUGCCACGGUCAUUGGUACACCAACUCAGUAUAUCAAUGUGUCAUCAAAAACUUUCCCUACUGGAAACAUAUUACACAAUGCUAUUGUCUCAAGAAACAUAAUAAACCGCAAUUUAAAUGCGACCACAUCGAGUGUCUCUUUCAAUGUGACUGCAGUGAGAUCUGCAAUGCAUACAACCUCCCCAAAAAUAAGUACGGCGGUUACUGCCAGUUCAAGUGAUUUCGACAGCAUAUCUACGGCCAAAGAUAUGAUAGACAAUGCAUGCAGCUCUUCAGUGAUGUUAAAGAAAGUGCUUACGCUUGGAAGUUCUGCUGCGAACAAGUCCUUUAUGAUGCACAAUACCCAGAAAGUUCUAUCAACUGGUUUUGCUAAUGGAGUGACUCCCCCGCCAAAUGUUACAAUUGUAAGCUCCGGUACGAGUGGUGGGAUUUUGAAUAAUAACAUCGGGAAUAGUUCGCCUAACAUAGUUUGCCCUACGUCCGCUAAUUUAAGUGCUACACAUGCCACAUUAUCAGCUUUGUUAGCUUCGAAUGCAGAAAACGUGCAGUGUAAUAAAAAUUGAUAACAGUCUCAUACCUGUAAAUUAUAAAGGUAUUUUUCGUGUCGGUAUUGAUCUCAUUUGUAAUGUAUUGCUAUAAGCUUACUUUUACUCAUACACGUAAAAUAAAACACAAUUGAUAUGAUCUAAUCACUUAAUCUUGUUUGUCAUAAUUACUAAAAUCAUUGAAUGUGGCGUAUUUAAAAUGAUUUUUAAUCAUACAGGGUUAUUUUUCAAAGAGUAGCCAAAUUUUAAACUUAAGUUCAAAUAAAUAAAUAAUUAUAUACUGUUUAAUCGCAGUUUUUGAAAAUAUGAGUAAAUAAAGCUGCUAUUUUUAUUUGAAAUUAUGCCAAAUUGAAUGUGAUUUAUGGUCCACAAAUACGCGUACGUGCGCUCUUCUUUGUGCGAUUCACAACUUUUUUGCCCACCGAUCGAUUCUUACAAAUGUGUGCGUGCGUAUGCGUAGUAAAAUAGUAGACAAUCAGUUAAAACUAUGCAUUACCACACAUUUUGAAUUUAAAAGAUAAAAAGGACAGAAUGUUUGAAAUAUUUUUAAAUAAGUUUUCUUCAUCAUUUUCUAUAUUACUUAUUCUCAACCUUCUCUGCCAAUUUGGCCUGUUAUUGCAAAAUAGCCCUGUAUGAGGAAUUGAUGUUAGCAAGUAGCUUUUAAUAGAGACAAGCUUGAAGUUCUCUGUAAUAUGACUGUUAAGGUUUAUAUAGGUAUCAAUUUUAUCUACCUCUUCUGUUACCUGACUGAGCUAAGUUAGUUAUGGUCGUCUGUCGCGCCACAGACCUCUGUGUAUUAAAUUCUAGUUUAUUUUUUGAAUCUUUAUCAUUACUCACAUUACGUAGUAAUGGGUACUAAGCGUGAAAUAUUGUCUCAAAAUCCUCAGUGUUAAGUAUUAUUUAUGAUGUGUUGUUAGUUAAAACACAUUACAGUGUUAUAAAUAUUUCUGUUAAAACCAUUUUUGGGUUUUACAUAGGCAAUAGUAAAAGCAAAAUAAUAAAAUAUUAAAUAAUUGUCUAUGGAACUUAGAGAUGGCACCAUUUGUUUGUUGAUAAUAUUUUCACUUUUGCAUUAGAUGUUGUGGUUGUGCUUAUUUGAUCAUGAUAAUGAUACAUUUUUCUUGAUCAAUUGUAUUAAAUCAGUAUUACUUAUGUGAUAUAUUAAAAUAUUUAAAUUAAUAUCCUAAUUGUUACGUGAGGUUAAUCAUAUAAUUAUUAUUGUAUUUUAAUUUAAAUUAAAGUACAUGUGAUGCGCAAAGAUAGGCUUUCAGCUUCAGCAGUUUGAAUAGGAAAUAUAAUAGCUUAUUGUAAGAUAUGACGAAUAGAAUAGAAUAUCGUUUAUUUUUAAGUAUAUGGUAAAAAUCAAUCUAUAAAAUAUUUUGGAAAAUUUUAGGUAUUACGCCUCUAGCACAUAGAAGACACGAAAGUAGAAUGAAAACUUAACGCAGUGAUAGCUACAUUUUCGUUUUCAUUUCGCGUAGUGAACCUGUCCGAACGGUAUACCGAAUGCACAUUGAAAUCAUGGCAGUUUGACAAAUAAGAUAUUAGACUGUAGUGUUUUGCCUCAAGAAAGAUUUUUAAAAUACCAACAUGUUGUCCGACACCAAACUGGAUUCGGUUCGCAUCCAGUGUACCGUUCAGGCCCUUAUCAAUUUCGUGUAGUAGAUCUGUCACUACGCGAAAUGGAUACUACAAUGUAGCGAACAUUGCUUUACGUUAUCGAUUUUCUCACCGCUUUCGUGUCUUAGAUACUAGAAAUGCAAUUCUCAGUCUUGUGUCAUCUUUAAAAGUUUAAGAGAAAAGUGUAUUAAAAAUGGUAAAACUGUCAUAUAAAUAAAUUUACUUCUUUUUACCUUGUGAAACUACUUCAUCAAUUGCUCUUCUUCUUCGUGUUUAUGACGUAUCAGUUUAUCAAAUUAAUGUUAAUGUAUGUGAUACGAUCUCCAUUUGGGCUUAUAAUGGAUUCUUAUGUUUAUUUUGUCACAGGAUAUAGGAGCAAAUGAAGAGAUGUUAUUGGAAUAAUGUUAAAUAAUGCAAAUGUGUUAAUU